AACACUUUCUCUUAAUCCUUUAGUUUGUUACUGCUUGUUCCGUUUAGAUUUAUAAAAUGGUGCGAGUACUUUGUGCUGAACUACAAAAUGUUGCCAUACAGCAAUUGAACGAGAACCCUACUAAUAUAAGUGAUUGUUUGGAUCGACUACGAGAUUGGGCUUUUAAACAGCCCCAUUUAAAAGUGAAACUGGAUGACCAGUGGUUGCUGACUCUAUUACGUUGCUGUAAAUUUAGUUUGGAGCGCACCAAAAUGCGGAUUGAUCUACUGUGCACUAUGAAAACAAUGGCGCCAGAAUUGUUCAAGAACCGCGAUCCCUUCCUACCAGAAUUGCAGGAUUUGUUAAGCAUGGGCUGCAUCUUGCCGCUACGCAAGGAAGACGAUCCGGCCGCGCCGCGUACAAUUUUGAUUCGAAUGCUGAAAAGAGCAACAGAGCACAGAGUGAACGAUGGAUUUAAGUUGAUUCUUAUGACGUUCGAAAUUCUGAUGAACGAAGAUGACAACUUUAUCAUAUCCGGCAGCAAAGUUCUCGAGGACCAUAAAGAGUUGUCGCUCAAGCAUAUUCAAAUGGUCACUCCCACCGUCAUAAAGGAUGCGCUCACCUUUCUGAAGUCUGCGUAUCCGGUGAAAGCGAACUCGUUUCACAUUAUAAACGCACCCGACCUUUUUGCAAAGGCUUUCGAUCUAGUGAAACCGUUCAUAUCGGAAAAAACUGUUAAAAAGGUGUAUGUGCAUACAGACGAAAGUUUUGAUGAGGUGAUACCUUCCUCAAUCCUUCCUAUGGACUAUGGAGGAACUGGCGGAAAAAUAACUGACCUAAUCGUCGAAUGGAAACUUAAAGUGGAAAGUUAUCGAGAUUGGUUUAUGCAAGACUACGAAUUUCGAUCGGAUGAAAGUAAGCGUGCAAAAAAACCAAUCCCAGAUGGAUUGUUUGGAUUGGACGGUUCGUUUAGAAAUCUUGACAUCGACUGAAAUGACGACUGAAAAAUAACUUUGGAUUAUUUAGUACCUCAUUUAUUUAGUUUCUUAUUGUUGGUCGAAGGUGUGUGAAGUUAGUACUUACGGAUUGUUAUGUGCUCAUCGUUAAUGUUUGAUUGUGUAACCAUUUUUGAGACACCAGGUACUUGUUUUCCGUGCCAACUUCAAUUUUCAGGUCAAUACUUUUGGUGCUUUAAUCUCAUGGAAGAGAAAUGCCGGUUAUGUUUCUCUAUUGCAUUCACAUCAUCAGCAUUAGUGACAACAGAUGUUCACGCUGGGAUACAGAAACGUUCUUGGGUGGAGCUUAUUCCCAUAAACCAAAAGAAAUCAAUGCAUUACUUCAGCGAUAGACCAUAUUUCAAGUCAUAAAAAUCAAGACGCGAGCAUUUUCACAAAAAAGUAACAUACUGUCACAUCUUCCUCAUCUGUACGAAAAAACUGCUGAUGAAUAGGUUAGGUUUGUAUUGAACAAUGUCUUUACACACUCACUAAAACUAAAGUUGGACAAUAUCGCCUUUGCUGUAACAGAACACAUUUUAAUAAAUGAGGUUGAGGCGGAAUGAUCCUGUAAGGCAAA